UACUAUUCACUUUAUAAAAUGUAUUUAGAAAAUAAAUAGAAAUUUAUCUUGCGGUUUCUUUGUUCUUCGAUCGACUACUAGUUUGUUCCUUUCGUUGCGUUGGAAGUUUUGUGCUAAAUUUCCCAACAAAGUGGUAUCAGAGCUUUCGGGUUAGGUUCUGGUGGUUCUAGUAGUUUUCGAGGAUGUCGAGUUCGGGUUCAGUGUCUCACUUUGCCGUUCCUAAGUUCGAUGGAAAGAGUAGCUUCACUCUUUGGCAAAGAAGGAUGAAGAAUUUCCUUGUGCAUUUGGGUUUGUCUAGAGCCCUUAAAGGAGAUCAGGCGAAGCCAGAGAAAAUGAGUGACAAUGAUUGGCAGGAGUUGUGCGAGAAGUGUGUCAGUACCAUCCGAUUGUGCAUUGCAGACUCUGUCGUUAAUUCUGUUAUUGAAGAGGAGUCUCCGGAGACGAUAUGGGAGAAGUUGGAAAAGCUGUACAUGGCGAAAAGCUUGACCAACAAGCUUCUUUUGAAGAGGCGGUUGUAUCGGUUGCGGAUGGAGGAUGAGGACACCUUGGUUGGACACAUGAAUGUGUUCAAUGGUUUAAUAGACGAGUUGAAACGGGUUGAUGUUAAAAUCAGUGAGGAGGAUCAGGCAUUGCUUCUCCUUAAUUCUCUCCCGGAUUCCUAUGAGGUUUAUGUGGAUACUAUAUUGUGCGGGAAGGACAUGAUUACCUUGGAGCAGGCACAAUCAGCAUUAUUGUCAUUUGAUGCAAGGAGGAAAGACAAAGCUGGGGUACGAAGUGACGAUGCAGUCGCGGCGAUUGCUCAUGGUGGUGGGAGAGGUCGUUCGUCUAUUAGGGACUACAAAUCAAAGCACAGAAGGUCCAAGUCCCAGAAUGCACCUAAGAACGAGGUGCGUUGUUACAAGUGUGGCGAGCUCGGGCAUAUUAGGAGGGAUUGUCCUAAGAAGCAUGAGGGGAAAAAUGAUGCCAACUUGGUUUGAGAUGGAGAGACUGGUAGUAGUUCUCUCGGAAAUGAAAGUGGUGAGUUGUUCAUGAUCGCUAACGGUUAUGAUGAAGCUUCCGACAAUGAUUGGGUGCUUGAUUCUGCAUGUGUGAGUCACAUGUGCUCAAGGAAAGAACAUUUUAAGACACUUCAGGAAGGCAUGACUAAGAUUUUGAGGUUAGCGGAUAACUCGAUGGUGGCGGUCAUGGGUGUUGGAGUGGUGAAAAUGAAAAUGUUCGAUGGGG